AUGAAUGAUCCUAUAUCUCUUCUUAGCAAAGUUACGAAAACUAUUUCACGAUUCCACAUCAAUUAUCCAAAGCAAGAAAAACAGCCAAGGAUGCGUUUUUUAAAUAUCCCAAAUCUAUAUAAUUUAAGCAUUAUAUUAGAACUUACCUACUUGCAAAACUUUUCCUCAAGCUUUUCAUAUGAAUAUUGCAGGCGACCAGCAAUCAUUCUUUCUAUGACGAGUAUUCUUAUGUAUGUCCGGGCAUGGUUUUGGAUAGGAAGCUGUCUAAGACCAACUUAGCCUUGAGACAAAAUGUCCAGCACUAAUUCCGCUGAUUAUGGUUUGAUUUGAGUGCCAGUAGUUUUUAUCUUCAAGCUAAAAUUAUUUGCUAA